CGCCGCAGCCCUCGGCUCUACCCGGUCGGCCAUCGGCAGCGCACACAGCGCCGCGUCACCCGCCGCUGCCUCCGGGGGCGCGGGGCUGCCGCCUCACCUCGCUUCACCUCCGCUCCGCGCUUGCCGCUGGCGCCUCCACGCUGCUCGGCGACGAGCCCGCUCCGUCUUCCCUGACUCCACCGCACCUGCCUGCCUUACCGGUCCCCCCUCUCCUGCUGGCCGCUCUCCCGGCCUCUAAUCUGGACUCUGCACAGGAGGAGAAAAGCAGCCAGACUUUCCUGAAAAUGGCAGCUGAGGCAUCCACAGAAGUUCCAAAACCUGCUAGACAGUCCGUGGUUAAGCAAAAGUUAAUUGUGGAAAGAAAAUGGUUGAAGCUUGAAGAAACAACUUACACUGAUCCCUUUGGUAAAACCAGGACUUGGGAGACUGUAAAGCGUACUGGCAACAAAAAGGGUGUUUCAGCUGAUGGUGUGGCUGUGAUCGCAGUGCUGCAGAGAACUCUCCACUACGACUGUAUUGUCCUAGUGAAACAGUUCAGGCCCCCACUUAAUGGCUAUUGCUUGGAAUUUCCUGCAGGCCUCAUUGAGGAAAAUGAGACUGCAGAACAUGCUGCGUUGCGAGAGCUGGAGGAAGAAACUGGCUACAAGGGAGAAGUUAUUGAAUGUACUCCAGCUCUCUGCUUGGACCCAGGGAUGUCAAACAGCACAACACACAUUGUGAGCGUCGUCAUUAACGGGGAUGAGGCUGAGAACACAAGACCUAAGCAAAAACUUGAUGAUGGAGAAUUUGUGGAAGUUAUUUCUCUUCCAAAGAAUGACCUGCUACAAAGAAUUGACGAACUCAUAGCAGAGGAACAUCUUGCAGUGGAUGCCAGGGUUUAUACUUACGCAUUGGCCUUGAAGCGUGCAGCAGAAAAACCGCUCCAAGUUCCUUUUAUGAAGUUCUGAAACAGGAUGAUGAGAAAUUUGGAUGAAAACUGUCCAGUUCAGGCGACUAAAAAGUGUAACUCUCCUUGUACUAAGGGUCUUUUUCUUUACUUCUACAAGCAAACAGAAGUAGGUGUGGAAACGAGUCUGAUAUUUUCAUCUGAAAUGAUCUAACUGACAAAAAUCAUUCCUUCUAACUGCUCAGUCAGUUAUGCCUUGACAAAAUAAUCCCUAAUAAAGGUGUGAAUUUUCAGAA